AUGGAGCGUGCCAAAGCUGGCAAACGUACGAGUGACUUAGCCUCUGGUGGUGAAGCAAAACGGCAUCGAAGUAAAAAGCACUCUCCUGGUUCAAGUAGCGAACCUCCCAAAAAGCGCAAGAAGCAGACAUCUUUGAGCAGUCAUCAACACCAAGAAGAUGAACAAGAAGAAUACCCCCAGAAAGGCAUCAAGAUCGAAGACUACUCUACAAAGGCUGACAAACAAAUCCGGUCGCGAUUCCUCACUCUGAAUGAGCUGGACUGUAACAGUGCAGUGUACAAAGACGCUGUCAAGGGGAUUGUGGAGAUAUGCCUUCCAAGCUCCGAGCCAGCAAUCCAGAAAUUGAAAGAAAUAGUAGCAGAGUAUAAAGCCUAUGGAGCAAGGAAAGACAAGCGAGCAGAAUUCAAGAAGCAACUGAAACCAGCUAUGCUGAAAAGGCUGGGAGAGUUUGUUGUUGAAGAUUGCAAGAAUUCGACCGAAGCCGCACUGUGCGCAGAAGUACUCGGACAUGUUAUACUCAAAGCUUCAACAAAGUUUGGAGACAAGAUCAAAGACAUGCUACGCGAUGCUCUCCGUCCUACGCCCAUCGAAAUAUCGAGUGGGGACGAAGAUAUGGACGAAAGCGAUGAUGAUGUACAACUAGUUGAAGCCGCGCGACCUGUACAGGCCUUCAGCAAGUCCGAUGGCUGCGCUGUAUCCGUUGAAGCUGAGUCGCAGCAAGUAGAAGGGGCCCCUGGAUCUGUUGGUAUCACCGUCGGAUCAUCUCGUCCACCAACAGCGCUUCCACCGAGCUCUGACACGGGACGUAAAAGGCCUUCCCUAGAAGCGACGAAGCGAGAUGCUUGUCCAAAAGUUCUCGUCACUCCUCUAUUCGAUUUGCUCUGCCGAUCCAAUGCAGAUUUCGGUAAAGUCAUUCAUGAUAUGCGCCCUCCAGUUUACUCGCAUCUACUCUCUGCCAUAAGGAAGAGGCUGACAAUGUUUUCAUGUUGCACAAAACUCAUAAUAAACGAUGCAAUCCCCGACAUGAUGGCAAUGAUCGAAGAUUUGAACUUGAACUCGUACAUCAGUGCAUACGUUAAUCAGCAAGAUAGGCACAAUGCAGUCGUGGAAAGUCUUGAGCGUAUGCUUGAGCUGUACGUUCGAAGGCACCCACGUUUAUUCCCCGAUGUCGAUUGGCGUCUCAAUGGCCUGCUUGUACUCGGCCUCCUUCGUGAGAACUCACAAGAGCUGAAGGCACUCUUCCCUACCUGCGCAGACCGUUUCGAACCACUCAUCUAUCAAAUCCGUAUGGCACUGUUAGAUCGCACGCGUGCAAAGGUGCCAGACUCUGCGGCUUUGCUAGUACAGACAAACGGAGACUACUUGACUCGUUCCCCAGGCUGGAACAUGAAUAUCUCCGAUUCGUGUACGGGCUUGGAAAGCGACUUGAGAUCAAAGUUUGAAGCUUCGCGAACGAUGAAAUGCAACAUGGCGGAUAUUGAGUUUCUGAUUGAAGACACGCUGGAAGCUUUUGCGUUGUAUGAACCAAGGGCAUUUCCGGAGUUCUCUAAGGCGCAGUGGGACGUGAUCAAGAAGCGUCAGUCGGCAAGCUAGGUCCCAUGGGGAGGAGUCUCUAGAAGCGAGAGUAUACAGGAGGCGCUGAUCUACUCAUGGAACUGGGAAA